UUGAGCGCUGGAGAGAACAGGAGUUGAGAAGGUCUGAUCGCAUCAGAACGUGCUGAAGACGGGACACCCCCGGUUUAAAUGGCCCCCGUCGCCUAACGUUUAGCCCCCCUGAGCUUUGCCGUUUAGGAGUUUGACUCAACUUGGGCGCAGAUCUCCUUACUACCCGGAUUUCUGUCAAUCACACGCCUGAAGGAUGGCUGCGAUCCCAUCAAGCGGCUCUUUAGUUGCCACCCAUGACUACUACAGAAGACGCCUGGGCUCCACUUCCAGCAACAGUUCAUGUGGGAGCUCAGAAUACAUGGGCGAGGUGAUUCCUCACCAUCCAGGUCUGCCCAAGCAAGACUCUGGUCACUGGUGGUCCAGUUUCUUUUUUGGGAAGCAGAACCAGCCAGGCACUUCCACUGUGACUGAAGCUCAGCAGAAGGUGGGGACGCUCAGUGUGACCAAUGGCCAGGUGACAUGUAUCGCCAAGGAGAUGGCGACCAAGCGGCAGCAGAGUGACUCAGGGGAGCCCGGGAAGGCCGAGGCUGGGAGUCCGCUCCCCUCGUGACACCGGGUUCGAGGCAGGGGUUAGGUGGCGGUGGUACAUCUGUACUUAUCCACAGAACUCAACAUCAUCUUAUAUCUGUGACCAAAAAAAAAACGUAUUGCAUAUUCUACAGGACAAACAGCUUUGAGUACAUCUAAUCAUCUCCCUUUCACCGUCCGGGUGUUGCGUUUAUGUGAAUAAACAAAUUCAGCCUGC